CAUCCACCUACCUUAAAGUUGUUGAGGUUGAGAUAGCGAGAGGGGGGAAGUAGACCAAGCAGUGAUGUCCAUUCUCCCCACCUGUUUUUCCUACCUUUCUCUUCUCCAUCUUCCUUUCCAGAGACAACAGACGGGCUCUUGCCUUCCACGCCUCUCCUCUCUCCACCUGCCCAGGAGCCAUGCAGUCUCCCAAAAAAAGCUUGAUCUGCAACUUAAACCACGUUCACCCACACAUCUCCUUGGGCCUCCACCUCUCCAGGCGCCCAGAACUUCAAGAGGAGGAGGAGGCCAACACCUUGGGCCCGUCCAAGGAGCAUGGACUGCCACCAAUGCGAGGAACAUGGCGGUCACCUGAUCCCCAGCCUGGUGGACGCCAACUCCAACAACCCAUUGUUGACUUGCCGGUGUUAAGAAGUGGAGGAAGAAGAAGAGGAGGGGAGGAGGAGGAGGCAUCUCCUUCAGACCCAACUUCUUCAUCCAUCAAGUGCUCGGACCUCAGCUUGGAUGAGUCUCCCGUCUCGGUCUACUGCAAGCCCUUCCCUGCUGAAGAGGCCCGGAGUCCAGAAAGCCAACCAAUAUUGUCCCCUUGGAGGACACGCAAAACGUUCUGGUCCACCCCCAAGAGAGAGGUCCAAACCUUAAUGUCCCCCGAGUUGGACAUCCUGAGGUCCAUAUCUGGGAUAGUCCAGACAGUUUGUACAGCAGCAGCUCACCAGAAUCUUCCUUUGACAGCUCUCCUCCUUGUCCGGAAGUCCUAUCCCUGCUCGCGAGGUCAAGUCCAACAGCGUCGCCUUGGUCCAAGUGGACAUCAACUCCAACCGAGCCCCGCCGGCGAGGUCUCGUUUUGGAGGCGUGCCUCCUCCGAUCCCCCCUCGGACCAAGAGGGGUCUUCAGGGGUUGAGAGAAGCGAAGAGGGGAAGCUCACUCCAGAAGUGGUCCCUCCUGAAGCUGUGGAGCACCCGUUCCACCGCGGCGAACCACAAGGAGAAACAUCUAAGAAGGUCAUCACCUCCUUCCAUGAGUUGGCUCAGAAGAGGAAGAAGAUGGCGUCCGCGCCGCCCGUUCUCCACACCAAGAAGGACCAAAGUGAUUGGCUGAUCAUCUUUUCUCCCGACACAGAGAUGCCUCCGUCUCACGAACUCUCCUGGGGAGCCGGACAGGAGACCACCAAGCUGCCCACUUGUCCGCCCAAGGAGCCUUCUCCUCCUCCUCCCCUCGGUGUCCAACGAGGGAUCAUCACCUUCAAGGACCUCCGUCAUCGGAAGCAGAGCAGCCAACUGGCCACCAAGGCGGGCAACGAGCCAUCACCGGGGGCAUCCUGGUCAAGGAGUCCCCGACGGUCGCGCCGGGCAAGAGAUGAGCGAUUCGGAACCGGGGGCCAAUGGACACUUGUGGGGGCGAAGGAAAUCCCACCCCGGAUGAAGAGGUCCCGUCCGGGGCUACAGCCGAUUGUGGAAGGAGGUUCUGACGAUGGAGAAGAUAUAGGAGUCAAGCCGAAACAGCUUGGGAGACCCUUGGAGACUCAACCUCAGGAGAGGUGGGAUCUUGACGUCUGCGGGAAGGCAGAGGCGGCGGACAGGAAGGUCCCUAAGGGUAAGAUGCUGCUCCUUUUCUUGAUUGACAGACCGUCGCUCAAUAGAUGAAAUGAUUAGGAUCAGGAGGUUGUGAGUUGGAUCCUAGUUAGAGGCACGAUGAGAAUAAUUCUGCUGAACAAAACUCCUCAUUGGCAACAAGAAAGGCAAUGGGCCAGUAAAACACUCUGCUAGAUUCAUUCAGUUGCCCAGACUACACCCUGCAAAGGAUUCUGAGAUCGUUAAACGAGGAUGAUGAUAAGCAAGGAUUCUGAUCUCAAUAGACACAGCUCUAGGCAGGUAGUCCGCGACUUACGACCACAAUCGAGACCAAACUUUCCCUUGCAAAAUGAGACCACUGUUAAGAGGAGUUUUGCUUCAUUUUACGACCUUGCUUGCCACAGUUAUUGAAGGGAAUCCCUGCAGUUCUUAAAUCAGUCACACGCUGGUUCGGUGAAUGGGGCUUCCCCGCCGACUUUACUUGCAACAGUCGUAAGUGUGAAAAACAUUGCAAGUCACUUUUUUUUCGGUGCCGUUGUAAC